AUGUCGGAGGUGAAUGCCUCGUCCGAACCCUUAAAUAUACUAUCUGCGGAGCCGUCUUUGAAGCACUCUUCAGUUCCUAGGUCUGUUGACUCCCUUACGUCACUUGGUCCAGUGUCCAGCCCCACGGAACUAAUGAAGGCAGUACUAGCAAAUGAUCUGAGCAGGGCCAACAAUUACUUCCACGAAGCAGGAUGCUUCAUGACCAACGGUGAAACAGCGCUGAUGAUGGCUGCUAAGAGACACCAACUGCCUCUGGUAUCUCUUUUACUCCCACAGGAGAAAAACAUGCAGGAUAAAGAUGGUUACACUGCUCUCAUGUAUGCGGCCUGCUACAACUAUACUGAGGUUGCCUGUUUACUAAAAUGUGAGCUAGGAAAGCAAACAAGCUCUGGAUGGACAGCGCUCAUGCUUGCGGUGUUUCACAACAGUCUCGAAUGCAUUCCCUUGCUACUUAGCGAAAUGCCGCUGCGGAACAGAAUGGGCUAUACUGCCCGGGAUCUAGCUAUAAAGGGUGGAAGGACAGAGGCUCUACAGGCCAUGACAACGCCUUCCACUCUUCCUCGAGCGCCUACUUAG